AUGUUCCAGCAUCCCACCUGCUCUCAGAUGUGUUCCAGCAUCCCACCUGCUCUCAGAUGUGUUCCAGCAUCCCACCUGCUCUCAGAUGUGUUCCAGCAUCCUAUCUGCUGUCAGAUGUGUUCCAGCAUCCCACCUGCUCUCAGAUAUGUUCCAGCAUCCCACCUGCUCUCAGAUGUGUUCCAGCAUCCCACCUGCUCUCAGAUGUGUUCCAGCAUCCCACCUGCUCUCAGAUGUGUUCCAGCAUCCCACCUGCUCUCAGAUGUGUUCCAGCAUCCCACCUGCUCUCAGAUGUGUUCCAGCAUCCCACCUGCUCUCAGAUAUGUCCCAGCAUCCCACCUGCUCUCAGAUAUGUCCCAGCAUCCCACCUGCUCUCAGAUAUGUCCCAGCAUCCCACCUGCUCUCAGAUAUGUCCCAGCAUCCCACCUGCUCUCAGAUAUGUCCCAGCAUCCCUAUCAGCCGAUGCUGACCUCUCCUGCACGGGAGUACAGCCUCCCCCUCUCCCAGGACUCUCCACCAUGGGACUCUCCACCAUGGGACUCUCCACCAUGGGAGUCUCCACCAUGGGACUCUCCACCAUGGGACUCUCCACCAUGGGACUCUCCACCAUGGGACUCUCCACCAUGGGACUCUCCACCAUGGGACUCUCCACCAUGGGACUCUCCACCAUGGGACUCUCCACCAUGGGACUCUCCACCAUGGGACUCUCCACCAUGGGACUCUCCACCAUGGGACUCUCCACCAUGGGACUCUCCACCAUGGGAGUCUCCACCAUGGGAGUCUCCACCAUGGGAGUCUCCACCAUGGGAGUCUCCACCAUGGGAGUCUCCACCAUGGGAGUCUCCACCAUGGGAGUCUCCACCAUGGGACUCUCCACCAUGGGACUCUCCACCAUGGGACUCUCCACCAUGGGACUCUCCACCAUGGGACUCUCCACCAUGGGACUCUCCACCAUGGGACUCUCCACCAUGGGAGUCUCCACCAUGGGAGUCUCCACCAUGGGACUCUCCACCAUGGGACUCUCCACCAUGGGACUCUCCACCAUGGGACUCUCCACCAUGGGACUCUCCACCAUGGGACUCUCCACCAUGGGACUCUCCACCAUGGGACUCUCCACCAUGGGACUCUCCACCAUGGGACUCUCCACCAUGGGACUCUCUAGCCUCGCCCUCCAGGGCAGAGAACAGUGGGAGAGGCUCCCAGGUAGCAAAAGGUGGCUACAGGUAUGAGCCUGGUCUGCCACCACCUGUGGCAGGUGGCUACAGGUAUGAGGCUGGUCUGCCACCACCUGUGGCAGGUGGCUACAGGUCGUCGUUCAAUCCCCGACCUGUGUCUUCUCCAAGUCGAAAAACGAAGAAGGGAAACUGUGGGCCUAACCCCCGCUUCCCUCCGGCCAAGGUUACCAAGACACCCCUCAAGACGCCGGCCAAGGUUACCAAGACACCCCUCAAGACGCCGGCCAAGGUUACCAAGACACCCCUAAAGACACCGGCCAAGGUUACCAAGACACCCCUCAAGACACCGGCCAAGGUUACCAAGACACCCCUCAAGACGCCGGCCAAGGUUACCAAGACACCCCUCAAGACACCCGGCCAAGGUUACCAAGACACCCCUCAAGACGCCGGCCAAGGUUACCAAGACACCCCUCAAGACGCCGGCCAAGGUUACCAAGACACCCCUCAAGACGCCGGCCAAGGUUACCAAGACACCCCUCAAGACGCCGGCCAAGGUUACCAAGACACCCCUCAAGACGCCGGCCAAGGUUACCAAGACACCCGGCCAAGACACCCCUCAAGACACCGGCCAAGGUUACCAAGACACCCCUCAAGACGCCGGCCAAGGUUACCAAGACACCCGGCCAAGACACCCCUCAAGACGCCGGCCAAGGUUACCAAGACACCCCUCAAGACGCCGGCCAAGGUUACCAAGACACCCGGCCAAGACACCCCUCAAGACACCGGCCAAGGUUACCAAGACACCCCUCAAGACACCGGCCAAGGUUACCAAGACACCGGCCAAGGUUACCAAGACACCGGCCAAGGUUACCAAGACACCCCUCAAGACGCCGGCCAAGGUUACCAAGACACCCCUCAAGACACCCGGCCAAGGUUACCAAGACACCCGGCCAAGACAUCCGGCCAAGACACCCCUCAAGACACCCGGCCAAGGUUACCAAGACACCCUUCAAGACACCCGGCCAAGGUUACCAAGACACCCGGCCAAGACAUCCGGCCAAGACACCCCUCAAGACACCCGGCCAAGGUUACCAAGACACCCCUCAAGACGCCGGCCAAGGUUACCAAGACACCCCUCAAGACGCCGGCCAAGGUUACCAAGACACCGGCCAAGGUUACCAAGACACCCCUCAAGACACCGGCCAAGGUUACCAAGACACCCCUCAAGACACCGGCCAAGGUUACCAAGACACCGGCCAAGGUUACCAAGACACCCCUCAAGACACCCGGCCAAGGUUACCAAGACACCCCUCAAGACACCGGCCAAGGUUACCAAGACACCCGGCCAAGACAUCCGGCCAAGACACCCCUCAAGACACCGGCCAAGGUUACCAAGACACCCCUCAAGACACCGGCCAAGGUUACCAAGACACCCCUCAAGACGCCGGCCAAGGUUACCAAGACACCCCUCAAGACACCGGCCAAGGUUACCAAGACACCCCUCAAGACACCGGCCAAGGUUACCAAGACACCCCUCAAGACACCGGCCAAGGUUACCAAGACACCCCUCAAGACGCCGGCCAAGGUUACCAAGACACCCCUCAAGACGCCGGCCAAGGUUACCAAGACACCCGGCCAAGACAUCCGGCCAAGACACCCCUCAAGACACCGGCCAAGGUUACCAAGACACCCCUCAAGACACCGGCCAAGGUUACCAAGACACCCCUCAAGACACCGGCCAAGGUUACCAAGACACCCGGCCAAGACAUCCGGCCAAGACACCCCUCAAGACACCGGCCAAGGUUACCAAGACACCCCUCAAGACACCGGCCAAGGUUACCAAGACACCCGGCCAAGGUUACCAAGACACCCCUCAAGACACCGGCCAAGGUUACCAAGACACCCCUCAAGACACCCGGCCAAGGUUACCAAGACACCCGGCCAAGGUUACCAAGACACCCCUCAAGACACCGGCCAAGGUUACCAAGACACCCGGCCAAGACACCCCUCAAGACACCGGCCAAGGUUACCAAGACACCCCUCAAGACGCCGGCCAAGGUUACCAAGACACCCGGCCAAGACACCCCUCAAGACACCGGCCAAGGUUACCAAGACACCCCUCAAGACGCCGGCCAAGGUUACCAAGACACCCGGCCAAGACACCCGGCCAAGACACCCGGCCAAGACACCCCUCAAGACGCCGGCCAAGGUUACCAAGACACCCCUCAAGACACCGGCCAAGGUUACCAAGACACCCCUCAAGACACCGGCCAAGGUUACCAAGACACCCGGCCAAGACACCCCUCAAGACACCGGCCAAGGUUACCAAGACACCCCUCAAGACGCCGGCCAAGGUUACCAAGACACCCGGCCAAGACACCCGGCCAAGGUUACCAAGACACCCGGCCAAGACACCCCUCAAGACACCGGCCAAGGCGCUACUCUCUCACUUCAUUACCGCUCCACGCCCACACCAGCCCCGCCGCUCACGCCCACACCAUCCCCGCCCUCUCACGCCCACACCAUCCCCGCCCUCUCACGCCCACACCAGCGCCGCCCUCUCACGCCCACACCAUCCCCGCCGCUCACGCCCACACCAUCCCCGCCCUCUCACGCCCACACUAGCGCCGCCCCUCACGCCCACCAGCCCCGCCCCUCACGCCCACAACAGGCCGCCUUGUUACCCCUGAUAAUGUCACGGACAAGCCGCAGUAAUUGA